CUUGUUUUAUUAUUAAACGUGGUAUUUGUGCAAUAUGGAUAAACAGAGCAUAGUUGAAUUACAAACAUUAGUUUCUAAACAGAAGGAACAGUUGACUAGAUAUGAAAAUCGACUAAGGGAUCUUCUAACAGCAUACAAAGGUCUUCUCAAAGAAAAGGAGGCUUUAGAAAUAACAUUAGCAACAUUUAGUAAGAAUGUCAAUGAGACAAAAUCAAGUGAUGUUUUAAAAAAGACUGAUAAUACCAAAGCAACUGAGGAUGAAGAGCAUUCCGUAUGCAAUAAUAAAAUUAAACAGCUUGAAAUUCAAUUAGCCACAGGUUUGAAUUCGUUAGCUACUCUAUCUGCUGAAAAAUCCCGCAUGGAAGCUUCAUUUCAAGCUGAUAAAAAACAAUUAAGACUUGAAAGCGAUACAAAAGAUAAACUUAUAAGGGAUCUUAAGGAAUCAUUAAAAAGUUGCUCUAAAACUAACACUGAAUUAGAAACUUUAAAAUCCAAGCUUAUAAUUGAAAGACAUGACAGGGAAAAAGAGCAAAAUGAUCAUGGAGUCAUGAUAAGGGAAUUACAAAAACUUUUAAAUGAUGAGCGACAUCUCAAAGAACAAUUGGAUAUGCAAAUAACAGAUUUGAAAGCUAAGUUAUAUGCUAAAGUUAAUGAAGCAGAUCAAAAGUUUAUAGAUGUACAGAAUGAUGUGUGCAAAAAUAAAGUCAUCAGUAAGAACGUUGACAACGAAUCUUUAGAAACAAAUAUUAUGCUAGCAGAACUGCAAAAUGAAAUCAGCAUGAUGAAAAAGAAACAUGUUGAGGCUUUAGAGCAAGAAAAGGAAAGAGCUAGGACAGCAGAGGAAAAAUCGAGAUCAUUAGCUGCAUUGCAUGAAGAUCGAGUUGCCAAUCUGGAAGCCCGAUUGGCAGAACUUUCAGAUACGGUUGGAGCAUAUGAUCGUCUUAGGCAAAAUGAUUUAUCAAAUAUACAAAAAUUGAAAGAUGAAAUCGAAAAUCUCUGCAAAUCACAAAAUACUAAUUGCAAAGACCAAGUUGAUUUUAAUGAUUCUGAGGAUUUCACAUCUUCUGGAGUCCACACAAUCCUAGCCAAAAUUUUAAAAUUGAAAAAAAUUCUGCUGAUUGAAAAUGAUCGCCUUGAGAAACCCAUAGACUUGAGUAAUGUUUUUUCCCAUGCGAUUGAUCACUCAAAAUGUAAGGAUGAAUAUAACAAACUAAUGCAAGAGUAUUACGAAUAUAAGACUAAAACUCAAAGUGCAAGAUCAGCAAAUGUGUCACUCGAAGUUUCAGAAUUAAAAUCACAUAUAAAAUCAUUGCAAGAUGAAAUCAUUAUUUUAAAUGGGCAAAUAGACAAAAAUGAAGUCAUCUACAAGGCUUCGUUAGAAGAAAAAACUCAGAAUUUAAUUGCUCAGAAAAAUCACUAUAAACAAUUGAUUUAUGAUAUUGAAAAUGAUUUUAAAGAACAUGUGAGUCAACUAGAGAAGCAGUUACAAAAACAAAGAGAUAGAUCAAUAGGACUUCUUGAAGAAAAAGAACAUGAAAUUAAAACUCUGAAAGAAUCUUUUGAAAUUUUCUUACCAGGAAAUUCUAAAUUAUAUUUAGAUAAAUGCAAACCAAAGACUGAACAAGUUGACAGCCAUAAUUUACACCAGCUAAAUAAUGUUCUACAAGGUGGCCCAUCUAUCACAUCUGGUGAAUCUCCGCAUAUGUUGCACUAUGCACAUGAGCUUGCUCGGAAAGAUGUUGAUAUUACAGUGCUGAGAAGAACGUUACGGGAGUUAGAUGACAAAUAUAGAGAUGUAAUUCGAGAAACAUUAGCAGAAGAUAGUUGGACUGAAAGAGAAAGAAAGCUUCUGGAUAAUAUAAGCAGAUUAGAGCGCAGCAUAUCGCGUGAGGGUGCUAAUUUGGAAUAUCUGAAGAAUGUCGUAUUGAGUUACAUUCUUUCUACAGAUACAUUUGGAAGAAGUCAUAUGCUAAAUGCUAUUGCUGCAGUUUUACAGUUUAGUCCAGAAGAGAUGGAAAAAAUCAACAAACAUAAUACAGUGAAAUUGUAUAGUAAUACCACUACAUCAACCUGAUUUUUCUAUUUUAAUACUAUAUGAUAAAGUGUAAUAAUCUCCUCGUGAUGAUUCCUGGACUUGUUAAUAUUUCUUUU